GACCAGGCUCCCCGGCCAAUGACGGCUCGCUCUCGAGGCCCCGCCCCGCCCCGCCCCCGAAGCCUCGGCCUCGCUGAGUGCCCAACCGCCCGGGCGCCCUGGCCUGGGGCAGCGCGAGCCCCGAACCUGCGGCUGGUCGCCAAAAUGCCUGGCGAACAGCAGGCAGAGGAGGAGGAGGAGGAAGAGAUGCAAGAGGAGAUGGUGCUGCUGGUGAAGGGUGAGGAAGAGGAGGGUGAGGAGAAGUAUGAGGUAGUGAAACUCAAGAUCCCCAUGGACAACAAGGAGGUCCCGAGCGAGGCGCCAGCGCCGCCUGCCGACCCGGCGCGCCCGCACGCGUGCCCGGACUGCGGCCGCGCCUUUGCGCGCCGCUCCACGCUGGCCAAGCACGCGCGCACGCACACGGGCGAGCGGCCCUUCGCGUGCACCGAGUGCGGCCGGCGCUUCUCGCAGAAGUCGGCGCUGACCAAACACGGCCGCACGCACACGGGCGAGCGGCCCUACGAGUGCCCCGAGUGCGACAAGCGCUUCUCGGCCGCCUCGAACCUGCGGCAGCACCGGCGGCGCCACACGGGCGAGAAGCCGUACGCGUGCGCGCACUGCGGCCGCCGCUUCGCGCAGAGCUCCAACUACGCGCAGCACCUGCGCGUGCACACGGGCGAGAAGCCGUACGCGUGCCCGGACUGCGGACGCGCCUUCGGCGGCAGCUCGUGCCUGGCGCGCCACCGGCGCACGCACACGGGCGAGCGGCCGUACGCCUGCGCCGACUGCGGCACGCGCUUCGCGCAGAGCUCGGCGCUGGCCAAGCACCGGCGCGUGCACACGGGCGAGAAGCCGCACCGCUGCGCCGUGUGCGGCCGGCGCUUCGGCCACCGCUCCAACCUGGCGGAGCACGCGCGCACGCACACCGGCGAGCGGCCCUACCCGUGCGCCGAGUGCGGCCGGCGCUUCCGCCUCAGCUCGCACUUCAUCCGGCACCGCCGCGCGCACAUGCGGCGCCGCCUCUACAUCUGUGCGGGCUGCGGCCGGGACUUCAAGCUGCCCCCCGGCGCCGCGGCUGGCACCGCCACCGAGCGCUGCCCAGACUGCGAGGGCAGCUGAGCAGCCGAUCGGGUCCGCGCGCGCGCGCGCGCGGGUGGGGGUGGGGGGCUGCGGAGGGGCGCCCCGGGGGCGGGAUGGCCGGCCCGGCUGCCCUGAAUGUGGGAGGCGGGAUGAAUCCCUUACCUGGGUCCUGGGAAAUCGUGCCCACCUUCCUUCGCUUCAUCCUCUCGGCCCGUGUUAGUGAAUAAAGUAUUAUAUCCUCA